UUGACCAUGAGAGGAUUCUGGACAUUGACACAACACGUUGAUCGACUGAAGGCUCACCUCCACAAGCGAAGUUCGGUAGUUCCCCCCUCACAUUUCUUCAACAACCUGAAUCGUAAGUCCAUGGAUUUGAACUACUCUUCUUCGCUUACAAUCCCUGUGAAUGGCACGAUCCCGAAUGCUCCCAACUCCGUUGGUGAUCGGAAGCCCAUAGCCUUGUGGCCGGGAAUGUACCACUCGCCGGUCACGACCGCUCUUUGGGAGGCCAGGUCGAAUAUCUUCGAGAGGCUUCUGGACCCACCCAAGGACGCCCCGCCUCAGAGCGAAUUGCUCAACAAAACCCCUUCCCAGAGCAGGACAAGCAUUCUGUAUAACUUCUCCUCCGAUUUCAUCCUCAGAGAGCAGUAUAGAGAUCCCUGGAAUGAGGUGCGAAUUGGGAAAUUGCUUGAAGAUCUUGACGCCUUGGCUGGUACUAUAUCGGUGAAGCACUGUUCUGAUGAUGACAGCACAACAAGGCCACUUUUACUAGUGACUGCUUCUGUCGAUAAGAUUGUGUUGAAGAAACCAAUUAGUGUCGGCAAGGAUCUCAGGAUUGUUGGUUCUGUUAUAUGGGUUGGGCGAUCAUCUAUUGAGAUUCAGUUGGAUGUGAUGCAAUCCUCUGAAGAUGGCUUUGAAACAUCAGAUUCAGUAGCUCUGACAGCAAACUUCAUAUUUGUUGCCCGGGACUCAAAGACCCGGAAGGCUGCUCCAGUGAAUCGGCUUUCACCAGAAACUGAACAUGAAAAGGUUCUUUUUGAACAAGCUGAAGCAAGAAAUAAUUUGAAGAAAAAGAAACGAGGAGAGAAGAGGGACUUUGAGAGUGGGGAGGUAAAUAGAAUUAAAGCACUAUUAGCUGAGGGAAGAAUUUUCUGUGAUAUGCCAGCAUUAGCUGACCGAGACAGCAUUCUUCUAAGGGAUACUCGCCUUGAGAACUCUUUAAUAUGCCAGCCACAGCAGAGGAACAUUCAUGGACGAAUCUUUGGAGGUUUUUUGAUGCAUCGAGCAUUCGAAUUAGCUUUUUCAACAGCAUAUGCUUUUGCUGGAUUGGUUCCUUGCUUCCUAGAAGUUGAUCAUGUUGAUUUCUUAAGACCCGUUGAUGUUGGAGAUUUCUUGCGAUUCAAAUCCUGUGUGUUAUACACAGAACUUCACAACCCAGAUCAGCCACUAAUCAGUGUUGAAGUUGUGGCUCAUGUUACAAGGCCAGAGCUGCGAACCAGCGAGGUAUCAAAUACUUUCUACUUUACUUUCACGGUUCGCCCUGAGGCAAAAGCGACGAAAAAUGGAUUUAAACUUCGAAAUGUAGUUCCGGCAACUGAGGAAGAAGCUCGCCUUAUAUUGGAACGCAUGGAUGCUGACAGCAUGCAAUGAUUCAGAUAAAAUAAGGUAUUAGCGAAUUGUUCAUACGAUAAAAGUGACAGCAGUUAGCUGUGAAACGUCAAACUUCAAACUACAUCUAAGUUACAGGAAGUUCAAAUAUAGAAGUUUUCAAUGAAUAUGUGAUUGAAUAAACAGAAAAAGUUAGUGGAAGACUAAAUUGAAUAUAUACUUAUGAACGCAGGAUGUCCUUACGAGUUGUUUUAUUUUGUGUAUGAUAACAAGCCUGCCAAACAUGUGUCUAAGAGCACAAGUUUGAUUUCUGUUUGUAACAUCUUCCAUGAAGCUCUGAGAAAUGUUAUUUUAUUCUGUUAAUAACA